CCUCUUUUCUUUUGCGAAAAUAAAUUGACCCCUCCUGUUUUCGCCCACCUCCCUGGUUCUCUCUCGUCUCGCUCAUUCUCUUACUCACUGUCGCACCCCUCCAAAUCUGUCACUGCCUGAUUUCCAAUCCCUUGUCUGCUCCUCAUCAUACAUCUCCCCAGUUCCUGGGUUUUGUUCGGACCCCUCCACAGCACGGCUAGGGUUUCUGGACAUUCCAAGGCGCGGAGACAGCACCGAUUUGGAGCAUUGACGGACCUUUUCGUUAGAUGGAAGCCACGGCCGCAGCGCGUGGUGCUUCUCUGCCGAUGCAUUCUCCGCAGCUGUCCCGGCAGGAAUGGCGAGCGGUUGCUGAGAAUCACUCCGCUCGAGAUGCGGCGGAUGAGGAAAUGGAACGAUCAAAGUUGACACAAUCAGAUGAAAGGACUAUAUAUGAGGUGCAGCAAGGAAGGGAACCACUUGACGUUGACUUCUGUUCAAUCUCAAUAGAUGGGAAUCCAAAUAAUGAUAUUUUGCAGCAGCGGCUCAAUGAAGUUGCAAGACAGAGAGAGGAUCUGCAACAGAUGGAGAUUGAACUUAAAGCCCAAAUUAUUGCAAGAUCAGAAAUAUUGGAAAUGCAAAAGAGUUUUGAUGCUCAAAUUAAGGAACACAAUAAUGCUGCCAUCAAGAUUCAGGAACAACUACGUGAAAGAGACCAGGCUAUUCAUGAAUUGGAAAGAAAAAUAGAAGAUAAAGAUAGGGAGUUGCAAUCAAUUAAAUUAGACAAUGAAGCGGCUUGGGCCAAGGAUGAUCUUCUUCGGGAACAAGAUAAAGAAAUAGCAACUUACAGGAGAGAACGUGAUCAUUCCGAAGUUGAAAGAGCUCAGCAGAUAAAACAAAUGCAUGAACUUCAAGAGCACAUCCAUGAGAAAGAGCGGCAGCUUCUUGAGUUACAGGAGCAGCAUAGGAUUGCUCAAGAAACCGUUUUGUACAAAGAUGAACAAUUGAGGGAAGCCCACGCUUGGAUUGCUCGUGUCCAGGAAAUGGAUGCUCUGCAAUCAACUACAAACCAUUCAUUACAAGCUGAAUUACGUGAUCGUACAGAGCAGUAUAACCAGCUGUGGCUUGGUUGCCAGCGUCAGUUUGCAGAGAUGGAGAGGCUUCACAUGCAUACAUUGCAACAACUCCAACUUGAGUUGGCUGAUGCAAGGGAAAGAAGUGGGACUUACAAUGAUGAGUCUAACAUAUCUCAGACAAAUUCUAAUGAUGCAUCCCAAUAUGGACAAAGCAAUGGUAACCAAUUAGGUGGAGCUGCUUCAACCGGAAAUAAUGGGGCACUGUCAAAUGGGAAUUCAGAAAAUGUUCCAUCUUUUAAUUUGACUGGCAAUACAUCUGUCCAGGCUGACCAUGCAUCUGGUGUUCCAAUGGCUCCAUCAUCUCUUCUCGGGAUGCCACCCUACCUUCCACCUGGGCAGAUGGCUGCUUUGCAUCCCUUUCUGAUACAUCAACCAGGGGUUCCCCAUUCUGUACCAUCCCAAGUUCCUCAAUCUCACAUGGGGCAUUUUCCAUCGUUACCAGCUAUAUCAUCCAUCCAACCAUGGCAGACUGAACAGAUUGUUUCAGAGGGUUCCAACAUAUCUGCUCAGAAUGAACUUCAGUCAUCUCAAAAUGUUCAAAACAUAAUGACAUCAAAUACUAAUUACCCCUACGAGAUGACUGCUAAUGGGCAAGCUCUUGAACCAGAUUAUCAUGAUGUUCAUACCGGCAAGAGAAGAGAACCUGAUUCUGUGCUUUCAUCAUCUUCGGGAGAAACUCAGCUCGAGUCGGUUGAUAGAGGAUACCAAGUUAUCCCUAAGCCUGAUACGAGCUUGCAACAUAUUACCUCUCAAUUUCAUGAUGCUUUAAGGAUUGGUUCUAUUCAGCACAACAAUGAAAAGGAUCAAAAUGAUUUGGGUGCAAUUGAUCAGGUGCUUGAGGAGCAAGGGUUAAAUGGGGGGAAGUUAAGUCCUGCUGUCAGUACAUUAGCCUCUGAUUCUUCCUCCAUUCACAAUGUAAAUGUCAGUGAACUGGUUAUCAACGAUGCAUCUGGAUCUGGGGCUGUUGUAACCGAAGCUUUUGGUUCUUCUGGGCUGAAAAUUCCAAUGAUGAUGGGGAAGACCUCAGAAACUGCCCUUCUUGAUGAAAGAUCAUUACUGGCUUGCAUAGUUCGCACCAUUCCAGCUGGUGGUAGAAUUCAAAUUAGUUCAACACUGCCAAAUAGGCUGUGCAAGAUGCUUGCACCUUUGCACUGGCAUGAUUAUGAGAAUAAGUAUGGUAAGCUUGAAGACUUCGUAGCUGGGCAUCCAGAAUUAUUUGUGAUUGAGGGCGAUUAUAUUCAGCUUCGAGAAGGAGCACAGAAGACAAUAGCAGCAACAACAGCUUUUGCUAAGGUUGCUGCUGCAGCUGCAGCUUCAUCUCAUUAUUCAUCAUAUUUACCUUCUGUCGCUAUGACCCCAAUGGCACAUACUAAUCGGUCUAAGAGAAUUCCACCUGCUGAUUCAAAAAACAUGAAAACCGAGAAGACUUCUGUUUUUACUCCAAAUAUAGCUAAGGAUUCUUCUCAGGGCCCUCCAAUGAAGAAUCAACUGAAAAAUGGUUUUCAUUCUACUGCUGGUGGAGGUCUAUUGAACGUGAAACUUUUUACAAGAUCAAAGGAGACUCGUGAACUGAAUGUCCCAGAAGCGAAGCCUGGUGAAUCAUCUGUGUUUAUGGCGUUUGAAAAUGGGGCUGCCCUUGAUAGAACAUCGAGUGGGAGCAGUCAAAGCUUGGCUUCAACUGAUGGGAGAUCUAGUGCCAAUUUUUCUGGGAAACAUCAGGGCAGGAUGGUUGGUGCUUCGUUGACUUCGAGAAGAUAAGUUUAUAUGAAAUUUGGUAAUCUUAUGGCUCAACGGCGCCUCCUGGAGGAGAAUAUCAGAUAAUACAGGCACGUUUAACCAGAGAGUCGUUCCCGAUUUGAAUGAUCAUAUCAGUCAUCUGUGAUUUCUCUGAAUGGACUUGUCAGCUGAUUUUUCUCCCCUUUUGGUUUUAUUUUUUUUUGUCCGUUAUUUUGGGUUAAUUUUAGGGGUGUGUUUUAAUGACAUGGACUCAUCAGAUGUCUCAUUCUGAUUUUUUAUUCAAACGAAUGAUUAUAACUGUGAAUCUGAUAGUUCAUACUCGAUCUCUGUGAUCUAUAAACUGGCAUUCAUCAAAUUCCUAAUGGUUUCUGGGUUU